AGAGAGAGAGAGAACAAGUGGGGGAGGAAGAGAGGGAGAUAGAGAAUCCCAAGCAAGCUCUGCACUGUCAGUGCAGAGUCCGACGCAAGGCUCGAACUCAUGAACUGUGAGAUCAUGACCUGAGCUGAAAUCAAGAGUUGGAUGCUUAACCCACUGAACCACCCAAGCACCCCCUUAAUUAACUUCUUUAAAGCUCUGUCUCCAAAUAUAGUCACAUUCUGAUGGAGUUCUGGGGUUUAGAGCUUCAACAUAUGAAUUUGGGGGGGAGAGACCUUUUAGCCUGUAACACCCUGUCAGUAACAGUAUUUGAAACUCUGAUAUGAAAUACUCAGAUCAGGCACAUCUUAAGCUCCUUCUAAGAUUCUCUGGAUUCUUUAGUGGCUUUGGCAGCUUGUUCUGUUUCAGCUGCUGCUCCAGCCUUCCUCUUCUGUUUGGGACUACAUGGUUUCACUACCUGGAGGUGACCAUUCACUGAGACCUGCUGCAGAGCCUGACUGAUCAGUUGUCACCCUGAGUUUCUGGCCUCCUCUCCUCCUCUGGGACCUGGAUGAGAUGCUGUGUGGUGGGGCAUGGGAUCUCAUUUCUGGCACAGCAACCAAAGGGGCCAGAUGAUGCAACCCAGAAAUGCAGAGAGGUUAAGUCCCCAUUGAAGCAAACUUUUUUUUUAUUUUUAAAAAAUGUUUAUUUAAAAAUUCUGUUUAUUAAACAGAGAGGGAGAGGGAGACAUAGAAUCUGAAGCAGGUUCUAGGCUCUGAGCUGUCAGCGCAGCCUGACACGGGGCUUGAACUCAUGAACUGUGAGAUCAUGACCUGAGCCAAAGUUGGACACUUAACUGACUGAGCCACCCAGGUGCUCCGAAGCAAACUUUUUUUUUUUUAAUUGAAGUAUAAUUGACAUAUAAUAUCCUAUUAGUUUCAGGUGUAUAUCAUGGUGAUUUGAUGUUUUUAUAUGUUAUAAAAAUAUCUCCACAAUAAGUCUAGUUACAAAGUUAAUUUUAAAUAAGAUUAUUUAAGGUAAAGCUGGUAUACCAGUAUGACACUUACCCAAGACCAGUGGGUAAACAAGAAGCUUAUCUUUAAAUUUGUCCCUUGUAGUUCAUCUUUUUCUUUUUUAAGUUUAUUUAUUUUGAGAGAGAGAGUGCGCAAACAGGGGAGGAGCAGAGAGAGAGGGAGAGAAAAUCCUAAGCAGGCUCUGUGCUGUCAGCGCAAAGCCCAACGCGGGGUUCCAUCUCAUGAACUGAACCGUCAGAUCGUGAUCUGAGCCGAAAUCAAGGAGAUCAAGAGUUAGGUGCUCAACCAACUGAGCCACCCAGUCGUCUCCCCUUGUAGUUCAUCUUAAAUGUUAGCACAAAAACAUUCUUUUUAUUUGACUGUAUUAUUUGCACCUGAGAUUUUAUAAUCACUUAUACCUGUGCACUUAAUCCUUUGUGCUCUUUGGAGUUUUUCUCCUGUUGCCCUCAGUUUAAGGAACUUCAAUUCUUAGGAGCACCUGGGUGGCUCAGUCGGUUGAGUGUCCGACUUCAGCUCAGGUCAGGAUCUCACGGUAUGUGGGUUCGAGCCCCGCAUCGGGCUCUGUGCUGACAGCUCAGAGCCUGGAGCCUGCUUCGGAUUCUGUGUCUCACUCUCUCUCUGCCCCUCCCCCACUCACGCUCUGUCUCUCUCUGUCUCAAAAAUAAAUAAAAUGUUAAAAAAAAAAGGAACUUCAAUUCUUAGACUUUCCUCUGUUUAGAAACUAGGGUAUAACUUCUGCUGUAGGCAAUUGAACUAAGCCUGCACAACCUUUUUAUGUUUUCUGCUUGUAAACCUAUAGUUUGAAUUUCUUUCUAGUGAUAUUUCACCGUGCCAGGCUUUUUUCCCCCUUGUUAAACAUAAGCAUUUGUCUCAUAUUCCCAUAUUAACUAGUUUAUUGAUCACUGAUCAAAAUACCUAUAACUUGUAGAAAAUCUGUUUCAUAUGUAUAAUAGUGCCAAUAAUUCAAAAGUAAAUAGCCAUCUGAGAAUAAGAAAAUGUCAGCAUUCAUUAACUAAAGUUUAUGAAUUCCCAUGAGAACCUCUCAGGCCAGCAUUCAUCUUUGCUGUUUUAGAGAGUAUCUUAAUUAGUUGGUUGUCUGGCUCUAUAGUUCAUGGAGUUCCUGUUAGACCUGUGGUCAGUAUAGCUUAUGAUAUAUAGCAGGUGCAAGGCUAGAGACAUAACACAAUAGGUGGGUAGAUGUAAGGGAACCUCUAUCUCUUUUGCUGACUUUUUACCUCCCAUUACCCCUGUCAUCAUGGGAUGGUUUGUUCUAUUACAGAGACUUUAUCUAAUAGUUGUAUGUUAGAGACUUUUAAAUAGGCUUACCUUCCCUGCUGAGCUCUUCAAACUCACUAUAUUUAAAACUGAAUUUAUUUACCCUUUUAAAAUCUUGUAUUCUUUAUCAUUUAGUUAACUAAGAAAUGGGUCCUCUUUUGACUCUCCCUUCUUUUCACCCUUUAUACUUAGUUGAUUAAAAAAUCUAGCCCAUUCUACCUAGAAAUAUUGGUUCUCCCUUUGUUUCUAUUGCCCAUGCCCCUAACCUAUCACUUUUCUGAUCAUUGUCUCCUGACUAGUUUUCUGUUUCCCUUUCCAGAGUUAUUCUCCAUGUUCUUACUGUAGUUUUCUUUCUAAUGCAAAUCUAAUGUUGUUAUUUCUUCCCCUUUCCUAAUGAUGAAUCUAGACAAAACAUCUGCACUCUAUAUCCCUCUGCUUGUCUGGAUUUUCCUGCAGCCUGGCAAAUUCUUAUUCACGUGUGGUAGUUAUUAGUGUUAUUCCACCAGUAUUCUGAUGGCUCUCUUCUGGCACAUGGUAGUAUUGUGCUCCUCUGCCUCCUUCCCCCACACUGAAAUUAGGCAUAGUCCAGGGUGUCGCAACCUCAGCACUGUUGACAUUUUGGGUUGGCUAAAUUGUUGCCGUGGGUUGCUGUCUUGUGCAUUGUAGGAUGUUUAGCAGUAGCUCUAGCCUUUACCUACUUGACACCCAGUAGUACUUUUCCUCCCACCUCCCUAUUGCAGUUGUGACAAUCAAAAAUUUCUUUAGACAUUGCCAAAAGUCCCCUGAGAGAGUUUUUUCCUGGUUGAGAACCACUGACGUGGCCUUUUAACUUUGGCCAAUCAAAUGUGAACAGAAGUGAUAGCUUUUAAAAGACAGUACGUGUUGGGGCGCCUGGGUGGCUCAGUCGGUUGAGCUUCUGACUUCAGCUCAGGUCAUGAUCUCAUGGUUCGUGAGUUCGAGCCCCGCGUCAUGCUCUGUGCUGACGGCUCAGAGCUGGAGCCUGCUUCAGAUUCUGUGUCUCCCUCUCUCUCUGCCCCUCCCCCACUCAUAUUCUGUCUCUCUCAAAAAUAAAUAAACAUUAAAAAAAGUUUUUUAAAAGACAGUACGUGAGUUAUCCUAUCUUUCCUCUUGCCUUUUAAGGACAUGGGUAGUGAUGGAGCCUUUGUUAGCCUGAUCCCUGAAAGAUGUUAGUGAGCAGUACAGUGACCUUUUUAUCUGUGAUGGACAUAUAGUUUAGUUUAUUCAGAAAAUAAACCUUUGUUUUAAGCCACUGAUAUUUUGAGGGUUGGUGGUUGCUGCAGCCUAGCCUAGCCUAGCCUGAGACAUCAUGCUCAGACGCUUUAUCUCUGGACUUCCAUCCUUUCUCACUUAUGGUCCUGAAUCACUUUAGUACCUACCUCUAUGAGCAUCUCUUACUUAGUGUAGUAAUAUUUUGGAUCUUCUAGGUUAGUAGUUCUCAGUGGAGUAAGUAGUGCUGUUUAAGGGAUGUUGUGGAAAUUAGUGAGAGGAACUUUGGUAGAUGAGGAUAAGGGAUGCCACCCUGUAAUGUGAGGUUCUGUGAAGAAUUACCAAUGCAUCUCGUAGCACUUUGACAUGCCCCAGAAAUUCAUGUAGGAGGAAAAUGUUACAACUAGCUUACUAUCUGACUCCACCUUAACGUAUAUUCAGUUUUUCAGGAAUUAAGUUUCUCUUAAUUCUUUUUCUUACAAUUUUUUUAAUGUUUAUUUAUUUUUGAGAGAGAGAGCAUGAGUUGGUGAGGGGCAGAGAGAGAGGGAGACACAGAAUCCGAAAUGGGCUCCAGGCUCGGAGCUGUUAGCACAGAGCCCGAUGCGGCAAUCGAACUCACGAACCAUGAGAUCAUGACCUGAGUCGAAGUCGGACGCCCAACCGACUGAGCCACCCGGGUGCCCCAUCUUAAUUCUUUUUCUUAAAUUGAAGUUGUUAUGUUUGGCACCUUAUCAAGAAUUCACCAUUUGCGGAAAUCCGUCUCACCAUCUGCAGUGCCAUUGUGCUGUUGGAGUUGCCAAAACACCACACCUCUCUUGGAAGGUGUGAAUUUGUCAUAAUUAUGCUGUCAUAAUUAAAGUAUUGUUAAAUUUUUAAAAAUACGUAAGUGUGUUAGAACUUUGUUUCAGAAUAAGAGGGGUAAUAUAAAUUAUUUGUUAACAAAAACGGGAUAUUUGGUAGAGUUGAGAACCACUUUCUGAUUAUGUGCUACUUGCUUUUUGUAUCUGGAGUGCUUUGUGCAUAUUUUAGAUACAGUGUUUGUUGAAUUGGUCAAUUUAUGGUUCCUAGAUUGCUUUUAUAUACACUGUUGCAUUUGAUUACCAUAGAGAAUCUGUAAAGUUGUUCCCAUUUUACAGAUAAGAUAAUUGAAAAACAUAUUAACUUGCCCAGUCAUACUGCUAGAGUUUUAAUCAGAACUUACAGUUUUGUUUAUACCGUUCUAGUACCUUUGUCUAUCAUUCCGUACCACUUGUAAAAAAUUAUAAUCCAGAGCUGUUUAACGUAGGAAAACACGUAUAUAUCCCUGUUGGUAUUAUUUUAUCUUUUAAAGAUGUGUACUUAUUUUGAGAGAGAGAGAGAGACAGCGAGCACGAGUUGGGGAGAGGCAGAGAGCGAAGGAGAGAGAGAAUCCCAAACAGCCUGGCAUUGUCAGUGGCUGUCAGCACAGAGCCCAACUUGAGGCACGAUCUCACGACUCAUGAGACCAUGACCUAAGCCGAAAGCAAGAGUCCGAUGCUUAACUGUGAUUGAGCCACCCAGGAGCCCAUGUAUUAUUUUUUAUGCAAGGAACUUUAUAUUAUGUUUUAGGCACUUGUGAUCAUAGGAAUUCAACAAGGAUAAAAUCAAGAACAUGGUGCCUAAGAAAGUUUUCAAAGGAAACUGUUAAAACAGUUUCUAAGAUACCAUUAGGUCCCAAAUAGCUUAAGUUUUAGGAAUGGUAACAUCUGAGUGUGGGGAAAUAAUUACACUCAAAUGCUUUAAUUAUAAAUUGGUGCAAAUCUUUUGGAAUGUAAUAUCAGAAAAUGAAUUUAACAACAAAAAUUUUGUAUUCUUUAAAAUUUGUUGCAAGGAAAUGCCACAGAAUAAAAAAGCUAUAGUCACUCCAUAUUUGCCUCAUGUAUGUCAGGAAGUGUGCAUGGUGCUGGGAAUUUCUAAGGUGAGAAAGUUUUGCUGUUUUCUUGAACUUCUAGAUAUGUGGCAACAGUGUAAGACAAAGACGUAAUCAUAUAACUGUAGUAUAACGUGUUGGGUUGUAAUUGGGGUGUGUUUUAAAUUUGAGGGAGGGAAUCAAUUAACAUACCAGGAAUACACAGUAAACAUACCAGGAAAGUCAUUCUCCAGAUUGGUGGGGAGAGGAGACAUUUAAGCUGCAGUUUGAAGGAUAACUAGGACUUAGCCAUGUGGAUGAAAUGAGACUGGAUGUUUUAGACAAAAGAAAUAGCACGAGCAUGGAUCUGACAGUGCAUACAGAAAUGCAUCCAUUUGACCGUAAGGAGCACUCACCAGUGCUAGGAGUUGGGCACAUCUGAUGAAUGAGACAAGUACAGUCCCUGUACUGUAGAUCUUUCAGUCUAGGUCUUAAAAUUGUUGUGAUGUUGGCAUUCAGAAAUUUCAAACUGGUGGUUCUCUUGGGCCAGCUUUUUUUUUUUUAUUACUAUUAACUAUAAUUUAUUGUCAAAUUGGUUUCCACACAGCACCCGGUGCUCAUCCCAGCAGGUGCCCUCCUCAGUGUCUUGGGCCAGCCUUGAGUUGAAGGUUAUCCUGAAUACCACAUGCCUAAUAAUUUUCCUUGCAACGUUAGUCAUUGUUUUUCACUGCCUCCAAAAGAUCAAAAUUUCUCCGGAAAUUGGAGACCUAUUUGAUUUAAAAGAAUAACUUUGACAAAUGGACAAUAUGUCUAUUACAAAUACACCAACAAGUAAUGAUGCCUGUCUGAGCAUUGUACAUAGUUUGAUGUGCCAUAGACAAGGUGGAGAGAGUGAAACAUUUGCAAAGAGAGCAAUUGAAAGUUUGGUAAAGAAGCUGAAGGAGAAAAAAGAUGAACUUGAUUCUUUAAUAACAGCUAUAACUACAAAUGGAGCUCAUCCUAGCAAAUGUGUUACCAUACAGAGAACAUUGGAUGGGAGGCUUCAGGUGGCUGGUCGGAAAGGAUUUCCUCAUGUGAUAUAUGCCCGUCUCUGGAGGUGGCCUGAUCUUCACAAAAAUGAACUCAAACAUGUUAAAUAUUGUCAGUAUGCAUUUGACUUAAAAUGUGAUAGUGUCUGUGUAAAUCCAUAUCACUAUGAACGAGUUGUAUCACCUGGAAUUGAUCUCUCAGGAUUAACACUGCAGAGUAAUGCUCCACCAAGUAUGUUGGUGAAGGAUGAAUAUGUUCAUGACUUUGAAGGGCAGCCAUCAUUAUCCACUGAAGGUCAUUCAAUUCAAACCAUCCAGCAUCCACCAAGUAAUCGUGCCUCAACGGAGACAUACAGCACCCCAGCUCUGUUAGCUCCAUCUGAGUCCAAUGCUACCAGCACCACCAACUUUCCCAACAUUCCUGUGGCUUCCACAAGUCAGCCUGCCAGUAUACUGGCAGGCAGCCAUAGUGAAGGAUUGUUGCAGAUAGCUUCAGGGCCUCAGCCAGGACAGCAGCAGAAUGGAUUUACUGGUCAGCCAGCUACUUACCAUCAUAACAGCACUACCACCUGGACUGGAAGUAGGACUGCACCAUACACACCUAAUUUGCCUCACCACCAAAACGGCCAUCUUCAGCACCACCCGCCUAUGCCGCCCCAUCCCGGACAUUACUGGCCAGUUCACAAUGAGCUUGCAUUCCAGCCUCCCAUUUCCAAUCAUCCUGCUCCUGAGUAUUGGUGUUCCAUCGCUUACUUUGAAAUGGAUGUUCAAGUUGGAGAGACAUUUAAGGUUCCUUCAAGCUGCCCUAUUGUUACUGUUGAUGGAUAUGUGGACCCUUCUGGAGGAGAUCGCUUUUGCUUGGGUCAACUCUCGAAUGUCCACAGGACAGAAGCCAUUGAAAGAGCAAGGUUGCACAUAGGCAAAGGUGUGCAGCUGGAAUGUAAAGGUGAAGGUGAUGUUUGGGUCAGGUGCCUUAGCGACCAUGCAGUCUUUGUGCAGAGUUACUACUUAGACAGAGAAGCGGGCCGUGCACCUGGAGAUGCUGUUCAUAAGAUCUACCCAAGUGCAUAUAUAAAGGUCUUUGAUUUGCGUCAGUGUCAUCGGCAGAUGCAGCAGCAGGCGGCCACUGCUCAAGCUGCAGCCGCUGCGCAGGCCGCCGCCGUGGCAGGAAACAUCCCUGGCCCUGGAUCAGUAGGUGGAAUAGCUCCAGCUAUCAGUUUGUCAGCCGCUGCCGGCAUUGGUGUCGAUGACCUUCGCCGUUUGUGCAUACUCAGGAUGAGUUUUGUGAAGGGCUGGGGACCGGAUUACCCAAGACAGAGCAUCAAAGAAACGCCUUGCUGGAUCGAGAUUCACUUACACCGGGCCCUCCAGCUCUUAGAUGAAGUGCUUCAUACCAUGCCGAUUGCUGACCCACAGCCUUUAGACUGAGGUCUUUCACUGUUGGGGCCCUUAACAUUGUCAGGAUGGUGGACUAGAAAAUACAAUCCUGUUUAUAAUCUGAAGAUAUAUUUCACUUUUGUUCUGCUUUUUUUCAUAAAGGGUUGAAAAGUGUGUUUGCUGCCUUGCUCCUAGCAGACAGAAACUGGAUUAAAACAAUUUUUUUUCCUACUUAGAACUUUUCAGGCAUGGCUCAGAGCUUGAAGAUCAGGAAAAACACAUUCUUACUAAAUCUUUACCAGUUAUGUAUGAAGGAAUCAUUCCAGUGCUGGAAAAUUUAGCCCUUUAAAAUGUCUUAGAGCCUUUUAUAUGCAGAACAUUGAUACAUGUGUUAUUCUACAGAAUAAAUUCAAUAUUGCUGAUUUUACAGGAGAGAAGUUCUCAAAGUUAAUUCACCUAUGUUAUUUUGUGUGCAAGUUGUUAUUAUUGAACAUACUUUACUCCAAAAUAUUGUGCCAUGUGGGUGAGUUAAUUUUACCAAGAGCAACUUCACUCUGUGUUUAAAAAAUAAGAUAGUAAUGUAUUAUAUAACCUUUUAUCCAAAAUAUUUUUUUGCAAGUUAAAAUGAGUGAAGACGAUUUCAAUUCAGAUGGUCUUGCAACUUCAGUUUUAUUUUUGCCAAGGCAAAACACUAAUCUGUGUGUAUACUGGGAAUUCCUUAAAAUCACCCACAAAAAUACACCAUUUAAAAUUUACACUUGUUAUCCCUGUUCAGGGUAACUAUUUGUCAAGAAAUAUUCUUUUGCCCUGUUAUACAGUAGAUAUAUUCUUUUAUAUUUCUAGGCACAAGGUGGUCACUGCGGAGCCUAGAAGAGGAAUUUCUUUCCUUCAUUAAUUCAUAAGGAAAGGUUUUGUAUUUUUAAAAACACUAAAGGCAGUGUCACUUCACCUAAUAUCUCACCAUUCUGCAAAAGUGGCAAUGCUUAAACUAAGUGAGUAUUUUGGAAACUGCUAAAUUCUAUGUUAAAUACUGUGCAGAAUAAUGGAAACAUUACAGUUCAUAAUAGCUAGUUUGGAUAUUUUUGUACUUGAUUUGAUGUGUGACUUUUUUUUUUUUCGUAUACUGUUUAAAUCAUGUAUGUUUUGACAUUGUUUAAAAUUCAGUUUUUGUAUCUUGGGGCAAGACUGCAAACUUUUUUAUACCUUUUGGUUAUUCUAAGCCCUUUGCCAUCAAUGAUCAUAUUAAUUGGCAGUGACUUUGUAUAGAGAAUUUAAGUAGAAAAGUUGCAAAUGUAUUGACUGUACCACAGACACAAUAUGUAUGCUUUUUACUUAGCUAGUAGCCUAAAUAAAACCGAAUCUCAACAUACAAAGUUGAAUUCUAGGUUUGAUUUUUAAGUUUUGUUUUCUUUUGCACUUUUGAGUUGAACCUCAGAAGCAAGAUACCUUCUACUAAAUGACAGGCAACAGCCAGUGCUAUUGGACAGCUUUGGUUUCCCUCACACUCUGCCAGGACUUCCCCACGGACAUUAUGUAUCGAGUGUAGAGUUGGUUGGGGUUUUUUUGUUUUGUUUUGUUUUAUUUUGUUUUAGCUUUUAUUUUACUGUAGCAAAAUAGGCCUGAUUGUCUACAAGGUAAAUAGGUUGUCUACAGGAUAAAAUAGUGUGAAAUAAAACCAAGGAUUAUCUUUCAGAUGCUUUUAUGUUUUGCUUGGAGGGCCUUCUUAGGUGUAAUAAGAUUCUUGAAGGUGUGUUACAAGUAUGAGAUUUGAGAAACACUUAGAAUAGUCAUCCUUAAAUGACUUGAACGAGUAAGUCUUCUACUUCCUUGCUCAGAAGGUCGUCUUCGUAAGAUCAUCCUAGGAGAACCACUGAGUUUGCUUAUUGUGAUUUAAACAUAGAUCUGGAUCCAAGCUACAUUUUUUGUUUUGUUUUGUUUUAAAAUAUUUUCUCUGCCAAGCUCAUUUGAACUCUUGAGUACUUACGGAUACUUUUGUUAAAGACCAAAUUUUAAUCUGUAAAAGUUUGGUGAUUUAAGUUUUAUUGGCAGAUUUUUUAAAAAAAGAUCUUCAUUCUCUAGAAAUUGCUGACUUUAGGUCCAUUUUACUGUGAAUGAAGAAUAGGAGUGAUGAGAGAUUUUUUAAAUCCAGAUUAUUUGAUUAGGAUCAUUUGAUUAGCAUGCUGUGAUAUAAUCCGUUGCCUCCUUUUCUCCUUUAAGGAAGGUUUUCCUGUUUAAUCGUCUGGGGAAAGUGUGUGGAAAUAUUUGCUAAAAAAGUCUUUCUUUGAGGCCAAGCCACCUGUCUUGGUUUCUUUCUACUAAGAGCCAUAUUGUUAACUACCAGUAUGUAGCAUUACUUCUAGUUGUUAAUUGCUUUAUGUUUGUACCUAGAUUCAGUCUAUGCUUCUGAGAAAACAUCUAGUAUGUUCAUGAUCAGUUAUUUUUGAGAGCUUAGUUGUUAAACAGUAUUUCCAUUUCUUAGAGAUAGUCAUCUUUGAUGAGUAAGACUCAAGAAUCACUAGGUUUAAAAUUUUAUGGCUACUUUAGGGUAGAAUAGUUUCUGCAGUUCUCAGACUCUGAUUAUUUUGAGGAUAUGGUUCCGGGUAGAUUUUCUCCAGCUAUUUCAUAUCUCAAAAUGUUGAGCUUCAGUGCAAGCUGAAUUGAGAGUUGAACCAAGUACCCUUCUAAUCCAGUAUGAGGCCAUUCCACUUUGGUCCAGUGCCUUUCAGUGCGUUAUCAAAGGGAAUCCUAAAAUGGUGUUGCCUUUAUUUUCCAGGGAGUAGAUUCUUUUGAGGGAUAUGCCCUAUCUCAUUUUUUAUAGUGUCUACCCCUGGUAUACAAAGAUAAUGAUAAUAAAUCACUGCCAUAGAACCUUGUUUUUCUAGAAACACUGCUCAUUUGUAUCGACCUACCCACCAAAUAGGUCUCUUGUCCCAUCCUUCCUGUAGUCAUUGUAGGUUCACAGGUUGGGUGGUCUAGUUUAAGGAUUACCAUCCUCGAAUUAUCCAAGGAAACUGAAUACAUGUUAGCUGUGUUGUAUUUCAAAGUUAAAAAUCCAUUUUUGUGGGGGAAGGGUGUGGUAUAAAGGGGGGUAUUUGUAAUAGAAAUUUUGAAGGUAAAAUAAAAUAUCCUGUCUUCCAGAUGGUAAACAUCUUACUUUUACAAGUUUAUUGCAGGUAUCUUUUUGACUAUGCCCAUCUGGAAAAGGGAAAUUUUACAUUGUCCCAUGGUGCUCCUCAUGCAUAUAUGGAGGUUAAGGAAUAUAAGGUGAAAUAUUUCUACUUGUGGUUUGGUGGUAACUGGUUAAUAGUUACUCACUAGCUAUUAUGCAAAAUUAGAUUAGUUCAGAUCUUUUUUAGAGCCUUUUGGAAGAAGCAGUUUUAUUCUGACUAGGGCAGAAUCCUUUUUGGUGAUAGUUUCUAUAGUUCUCCUCAUCAUUAAGUCAUUUUACUGGCAUUUUAUUCAACGCUAGCAGAUUGGGAAGAUGAUGAAUUUUAGGUUACUAAGGUAAAUGAAAGCAAUUAUCUGCAAAAUCACUUAAUUUUUUUGUAGAGGGGGCUUGGCUAAGACUAGCAGAUAAUAGCAUGAAGAAAUGCUGUUUUUUUCUUCCAGUUUUCAAAACUCCUUACUACACUAUUUCGCUUGAUCUUUAUAGUAACUCUGUGAGAGGGGGUUAGAGGGAAGGAAAUGCUUUUUUUUUUCUUUCUAAAGGCAGACCUCAUCUUGUCACAGGUAGCUCUCUGUGAAUAGUUGCCUAAAUUCUGCUUUGCAAAGAUUACAGAAAAGAGGCUCUGAGAAUCUUUUGUGCAAGCCUUUCCAUUUUUUUCUGACAACUAGGUAACUUCUCCCAGGAUGGAUCAGGAAGGAUGUAUAUGGUUAGUGGCCGCAUUCACAGAAGCAUCCUCGGCUUGGCCUUGUCCCUAAGCACUUGUGCCAGUGCUUCCAGCUGUUGAUCUUGUUUAUCUGCUGUCACUGUGGAAUGGAAUUUUCUGCAUUACCCAGACUUGCCUUAUUUAAGCAGUAAGCCUUUUUAUUUUAGCCAUUUUGGGGAUGGAGUUAUUAAUGUGUAUAUCAGAGAACAUACUAGAUACAGUGUUUUUUUGUGUGUGCCAACCUGUCUUUGGAUGUCAGGGGCUGCUAAGGUUUUGCAGACUGCUAUGGUUUUGAAUGUUUACCUUUUUUUCUUUUUUACACAGUACCUUUCAGUAUCCUCCCUUUCUGAGAGGUCACUUCGUGUGUAGCUCCCCUUGUAGUUUCUUCUUCGCUUUCUGAUUCGUUUUUCCAACUGCUUGGGCAAGAAACCCAGAUAACCAGACUUAGAACUACCUUUAAAACACAAGGACAAAUUGGGACAGGUCCCAAGAAACUUUCCUGUAAAGUAUUGAAAAGGCCUUCAGUGCUUUGGUGUCUGACAUCUGUUUGACUGCUUAGAAUGUUUCCUGAUUCUUUGCUGAGUUCAGGUAGUUGAAAUAGGGAGAAGUGGGUCAGAUUCAUAUUUUCCGCCUUUGAAAGAUUUUGAAAGAUUUUGUUGCUUCCAUCUCAGUGCUGCUCGUACAAAAACUGGGGUUACAGGGGUUACUAAAUUAUCAUCAGUAGUCAGAGGCAUGCCUUGCCUAGAGGAUACCAGCAAAAAAAAAAAAAAAAAUCCUAAAUGAACAACAAAAAACAAA